AUGGCGAGAAUGAAAAUAAUAGCCGUCAUAAUAGGCGUACUAGGGGUGGUACCGUACGCUCUAGCCACCGACCAAUCAGAAAUUUUCCUCCCCAAAGAAGAGCCAAUCACGUCGCAGGAAAAUGACGCUGGACAAAGACGGGUAGCAACCCCCGAGGUGGUUCUACAGCUGAAGUACGAUAGAGGAGGGCUGAAUAAGAUAUAUUUGGCUCAGUUCAGACAAGACGCGAAGGUUUGGAAACCGUCAGUGCCGGCGCGAACGAAUCUCUGCGCGGACCUGUGUCACGCAGGUCUUGGCGGCGAGGCAUGCGGUUCGUCCUGCACUCAAAUGAUCCCCAUCGGUCUGCAGAAUGCUUUAGAAGAUACAAACCGUACAGAUGUAUUGUAUGGACAACCAAGGGUCUCCGUGUGCCCGUCUCUUUGUGGCAACUAUCUAGAUCUGUCUGUUACAUAG